GGUGCGGUCAUCGAGGGGUGAUCGACCAUCGGUCUCCGUAUAGAACGCAUGGAUUCAUUAGCUCUCUGAUCUAUUAUUAACACAAUUCCUCCAUGGUUAAAACAAUCAUCGGACUAUACCGUGCAAGUACGCUGUUCACCGGUCCCGUUGAUUACGAACACUGCACCAACAACAGCUGAAAGAGAGUUAAAUAAAGUGUUACUGGUUUAACCUUCAUGUUGUGUGCCAACUCGUCAUUCCCUCAAGAACUCUGCAGAGAAUUCAAAGACGCUACAGUGCACGUAUGUGUCUGACGGCGUUUGUGUUAAACCCAGACCCCUGGAAUGGCGGAUAUCGUCUCAUGCUCGCCUUCAACCGAGAUGAGUUUUACAAGAGGCCCACCAAACCAGCCGAGUUUUGGGACACGAAUUCUGACAUCAUAAGUGGUCAGGAUAUGUUUGUAGGCAAGGAGGGAGGUACCUGGCUAGGUAUGAGCCGAUCAGGCAGGCUGGCCAUGCUUCUGAAUAUCCUUCAACCUGAAGGGAUUAACCGUGAUGCUAAAGGAAGAGGCUUCCUUGUGUCGGACUUUCUGGAAGGUAGCAUGGAUGGCCAGACCUACCUCCAAGGCAUAGCAAAGGAAUGCGAUUCAUACAACGGCUUCAAUCUCAUCACUGUGGAACUUGGGAAUAAGGGAAGCAUAGAUGCUAACUACUACACAAAUUAUGCCCCGGAGUGGAAAGACCCCAUCAAACUGAACCGAGGUAUACAUACAUUCUCAAACCACACAAUCAACACGUCAUGGCCAAGGACAGAUCAUGUACGAACAGAACUCGAGAAAAUCGUCCAAAAGGCACACAGCCUUUCCAAAGAAGAACUAACAGGAGAGUUAAUGGCAAUGAUGGCACGCGAUGUACCGCUUGUGCCCUGUGCAGACAUUUCCACAGAAGACAUGGACUUCACUAAGUUCAAAGAAAUACUGAAGGAAUUGGUGUUCAUCAAGUCAAACACAUGUGGAACAAGGACCACAACUGUUAUCCUUAUUGAUGCAGCAGGAAAUGCUUCAUUCACUGAAAGGACACUGAAAGAACCAAUCGAUCCAACCCUCCCGGAAUGGGAACAGCGGAAUCACACAUUCUCCCUGCUUUAAACCCUUGCCGGCCCUUUCAAAUCCAGCGGGAGGUCUAGCAGGAUACUCGCGUGAUUGAGGAAGGUAGAGCCCAGCCACUUUAACUAUGCAUUGGGAUUUUAACACACGUUGGCUCAGGGUAGCUUAUAUUAAGUUAACAACAAACACGUUUUCUUGUGAACAAUUUAUUUCAUAUAGAUCUACCACUCCUUUUGACACGCAGUCCGUGGUGAUGGCGCAUUUGGACAGCUAAUCUUGCUGGGUCACUGAAUCCGGCAAAUUUGGCCCAAAUUUUAAGAAUUUAUUUUAAAUCAGCUAAUUCCUUAGAGAUGCAACCAUGCUGGCAGUUUCCAUUUUUAACUGUAAUGUACUUUUAUGCAAUUAUUAUUAUUUUUUAGGAGGGGGGGGGCAUUUAAAUUUUUUUCGAAAUGCCUUGCUAUAUUAUUACAUUGUCUUUAUGUCGUAUUCCAUUUUCUAGUGCAUAUUGCUCGUGAAUGGGACGAGCUACCGGAAUCUCUGAGGUCUGGCGUUGUUGAAAUGUCAUUAAAUAGCUGGAUCAAUUCCCUAAGAUGCCACCUCUGCCGACCACAGUAA